UGACCAUUGGCUGUUGUGCCAUUGUAUGUAGAAAUAUAUCGAUCUUUGACAUCCCCCUUAUGGGCUUCUGAACCUUCAAUUGUAAGCCAAAUUAGUUUCUAGUCAAUUUUCUCCUUUGUGUAUAACAUCAGUUUUGCCUUUGGUGAAUUUAUUUCUGAAUUGGUUAUCCUUAUUUUCUUGAUCAUGCCUACAAUAGUAAACCAAGUUAGUUUCUAGUCAGUUUUCUCCUUUGUGUACAACAUUGGAUCACAUUUGCCUUUUGUGCAUUUAUUACUGAAUUGGUUAUCCUAUUUUCUUGAUCAUGCCUGCUCCUCUUCUAUCCUCUAGGUUUUCCGGAUGAGAUUUUCUGUUGGUAUAUAACCUGUGUAUCUUCUAAUGGACUUUAGCAAUCUAGUUCCCACUUUCAACUAAGUGAGAAAUCUAAGUUCUGCUAUGAAGAUUUGGUUGUACAUUUAAUUCUGGCAUUCAUCAAUUAGCUUGUCGGUGCUAAUUAUUAAUAAAAAUAAAAAGUUGCUAUGUGAAUGCUCACUUUGCUUUAAUUGAAUCAGCAGAAGAGAUGCCCUGCUCUUCAGGAACAGAAUUGUUAUCCAAAGAGAAUUCUUCUAAUUUACUAGAUGUUGGCAUGGGUAUUGGAGAUGGUCCAGUAAAGCUACUGAAUGCUCCCUCUUCUUCGGUUCAUCACCAAUACAAUCAUGGGCGUUCUAUAUUCUUGAAACGAUCACGUCAUUACUAUGGGCAUCAAUACUCUCGGCGAAACUCUAGCGGCCAUGGUAAUCCAUCAACAUCUCAUGGCAAGAGUACUCCUUCACAUGAUGAGAGAUUAGCAUUCAAGUUGGCCAGUCAAUACAAUGCAGAGACUGGACGCCAUUCAGAUGGUAGGGAGAAAGCAUUUAACACGCCAGAGAGAAUCAGGUCAAGUUCACUGGCAAUGGAUGCUGUAUCUUCUGAUGCAGUGAAAAUUGUAUGUGGGUUAUGCCAGAAGAUAUUGAGAAGGAAACCCUACUUCAUUGGAAAUACUAUGGCCUCCAGUGAAUUCUCUGUUGUGGCAGUUCUAGUUUGUGGUCAUGUUUAUCAUGCAGACUGCUUGGAACAGAAAACAAGUGCUGAAGACAGACGAGACCCAUCCUGUCCAUUGUGUUCGGGUUCAGUCUCACAGGUUUAACGCUUUAUGGAAGACGGGAAUGGUUGUAUAGAUGUUAACAUCACAUUAAAUCAUACUAAUUAUCUAGAAGAAAUCUCCUCUUUACAUAGGGAGAAAGAUAGGCUGUUGUUGUAAGCAGACCAUUUUCUUUUAUAUAUUAGGAUUCUAUUAUGUUGUUAAGUCCUGCAGUUAAUCAAUAUUUGAUAAAGGCUUAAAACUCAUCUUAUUUGCGGUGGAUUACUGGUGCUUGUAUUGGUUGAUAUGAUUGUUACCGAAUUGAUGAAGAUGCGGGUUACCAAGCCUCAGGAGACCUGGGCGACUUGGUUGGUUUGGUAUUUAUUUUGCUUAGGUUGGGAUGAUGGUUGGUGUUCUACUCGGGGUUGAUUGGUGUUCUUAAUGAAGUUUUGUAUGGAGGCGGAUUGAGAAUGGAAUGAAAUCAAGAAUUUUGGGAUGUCUCGAUGAAAGAAGACGAGGGCGGGAGGAACUGGCAAUGUUUCUUGGACAAACUUUCUGUGCUAAGGUUUGUCAUGUUAUUAAGAGGUCUGUCCCGAGUUUGGAGAAUUCCAAUUAGAAAAGAUUUGUUUGAGGGUGCUUGAGGAUCUUGUCAGGGAGACGGGGGCUCGCAUGGAGACCAUGCCAUGGAGCUCUUUGAACUGGAGGUUUUACACUGUCCGCGGUUGCUUUCCUUUGUGCCUAAUGACAAGUCUAUUGCUUGGAUUAAGCUGCUGUAUUGUGUAGUAUGCUGUGUCAGUAGCUAACCCCUAAAAAGCAAAGGAAUAGCUAGGGCAUCGUCUAUAAUUUUUAGUUGCUCUUUUCUAAUUUAUGGUUUAUUGUUUGGGCUACUUUGUAUUUUAGUAGAUAUAUCAGUGAUAGUAGAUAAAAAUUAUAGAUAUUU